CAGAAGCAAACACUUCAAAGUGAGAAAAAUAAAAGUAAAAUAGAAAGAAGUAAUUUCAAAGCAAAACGCUAAUUCAAUCAGAAUAUAUAUUUGAAAGUGAAAAAUAAAAGUUGAUUUAUUUGUGAAUUGUGAAACAAAGUGAAAAAAAAGUAAAAAAAGUAAAAAUGCCAGCAAUUGGAAUUGAUUUGGGAACAACUUAUUCGUGCGUUGGAGUUUUUCAACACGGAAAAGUGGAAAUAAUUGCAAACGAUCAAGGCAAUCGAACAACGCCAAGCUAUGUCGCAUUCACCGAUACCGAACGUUUGAUUGGCGAUGCGGCCAAAAAUCAAGUCGCCAUGAAUCCAAAAAAUACCAUCUUCGAUGCAAAGCGAUUGAUUGGCCGCAAAUUCGAUGAUCCAAAAAUCCAAGACGAUCUUAAACAUUGGCCAUUCACUGUUGUCAGUGAAAAUGGAAAACCAAAACUCGUCGCUGAAUUCAAAGGAGAACGUAAACGUUUCGCACCAGAAGAAAUUAGUUCGAUGGUUUUAACAAAAAUGAAAGAAACGGCCGAAGCAUAUUUGGGUGAAACUAUCACAGACGCUGUCAUCACAGUGCCAGCUUACUUCAACAAUGCACAGCGAGAAGCAACAAAAGACGCUGGUAUGAUUGCUGGAUUGAACGUUCUUCGUAUCAUAAACGAACCCACGGCGGCAGCACUGGCCUAUGGAUUGGACAAACAUUUACAGAGUGAAAAGAAUGUACUUAUUUUCGAUUUGGGCGGCGGUACAUUUGAUGUUUCGAUUCUUUCGAUUGAUGAAGGUUCACUGUUUGAAGUACGUUCAACGGCCGGAGAUACCCAUUUGGGCGGCGAAGAUUUCGACAAUCGUUUGGUAACACAUUUUGCCGAUGAAUUCAAGCGCAAAUUCAAAAAGGACAUGGCCACCAAUCCACGAGCAUUGCGACGAUUGCGAACAGCGGCCGAACGCGCUAAACGUACACUUUCGGCAAGUACUGAGGCCACCAUUGAAAUAGAUUCAUUGUUUGAGGGCAUUGAUUUCUAUACAAAAAUAACGCGUGCCCGUUUCGAAGAAUUGUGCGGUGAUUUAUUCCGAGCCACACUACAACCCGUGGAGAAAGCACUGGCCGAUGCUAAAUUGGAUAAAUCGAAGAUCGAUGAAAUUGUUUUGGUCGGUGGCUCUACUCGUAUACCAAAAGUUCAAUCAUUAUUGCAGAACUUCUUCAACGGCAAACAAUUGAAUCUCUCAAUCAACCCAGAUGAGGCCGUCGCUUACGGAGCAGCCGUUCAAGCAGCCAUUCUCACCGGCAGCAAAGACAGUAAGAUUCAAGAUGUUCUUUUGGUCGAUGUGACACCACUUUCGCUUGGUAUCGAAACAGCUGGCGGUGUGAUGACCAAACUCAUUGAACGAAACGCUCGUAUUCCAUGCAAACAAACACAAACAUUCACCACAUACGCCGACAAUCAACCAGGCGUUUCGAUUCAAGUAUUUGAAGGUGAGCGAGCAAUGACUAAAGACAACAACGUAUUGGGUAGCUUUGAAUUGAGCGGCAUUCCGCCAGCACCGCGUGGCGUUCCAAAGGUUGAGGUGACAUUCGAUUUGGAUGCAAAUGGUAUUCUCAAUGUAACAGCGAAAGAAAUGAGCACAGGCAAAUCAAAGAAUAUCACCAUUAAAAAUGACAAAGGUCGCCUAUCGCAAUCGGAAAUUGAUCGAAUGUUGGCCGAAGCUGAAAGAUAUCGCGAAGAGGAUGAGAAACAACGUGAAAAAAUUGUCGCUCGUAACAAUCUCGAGGGUUAUGUGUUCAGUGUGAAACAAGCGGUCGGUGAGGCCGGCGACAAAUUGUCAGAUGAUGAAAAAUCCAAAGCUCGCAAUUGUUGUGAAGAAACGCUGCGAUGGCUCGAUGCCAAUGGAUUGGCCGAAAAAGACGAAUUUGAACACAAAAUGAAAGAGGUCACUCAAAUCUGUUCACCAAUCAUGACAAAGAUUCACACAGGCGGAGCAGGACCAAACAAUUGUGGCCAACAGGCUGGAAACAAUUUCAACAACCGUCAAGGGCCAACCGUUGAAGAAGUCGACUAAAGUCACAAAAAUCAAUAGAUAUAACCAUUACAACUUAAGAAUGUCUUCAAAUAAAAAAGUAUUUUAAAAUAGAAUUUAAUAGUAGUUCGAAUAUGAUUAGAGAAUAAGCAAAAUGUAAAUCGUAUUAUUGAUGUCAAAUAAAUAAAUAAAGUAGUACUAAGUUAUAAAAAGAAA